CAGACAAGAUGGACUGGUUGUUUUCGGCCACGACGUGGACUCUCCUGGCGCUCCUCGUCACGCUCUUUGUCAUCUAUGGCUACUGGCCCUACAACACGUUUAAAAAACUGGGCAUCCCCGGCCCCACGCCGGUGCUCUUCUUCGGAAACAUGCUCAACUACAGGAAGGGUUUUAUUCACUUCGACGCAGAAUGCCACAAGAAAUACGGCAAAACAUGGGGCAUCUUCGACGGCCGGCAGCCUGUUCUGUGCAUCAUGGAUCCCGCCAUGAUCAAGACGGUGCUCGUCAAGGAGUGUUACUCUCUCUUCACCAACCGCAGAAACUUCCGCCUGAAUGGUCCGCUUUACGACGCCGUGAGUAUCGCAGAAGAUGAAGACUGGAAGAGGAUCCGAAGCAUCCUCUCGCCUUCGUUCACCUCCGGACGACUCAAAGAGAUGUUUGUCAUCAUGAAGCGUCACUCUGCCAACCUGGUGAGCAGCAUGAAGAAGAAGGCAGACCCCAACCAAGCUCUGGACAUCAAGGAGUUCUUCGGCUCGUACAGCAUGGACGUGGUGACCAGCACAGCCUUCAGCGUGGACAUUGACUCCAUCAACAACCCCUCCGACCCGUUUGUAACCAACAUCAAAAAGAUGCUCAAGUUUGACAUUUUCAACAUGCUAUUCCUCAUCAUAGUCUUCUUCCCCUUCCUGGGUCCAUUCUUCGAGAAGAUGGAGUUCUCCUUCUUCCCGACCUCGGUCUUCGACUUCUUCUACUCCUCGUUGCAGAAGAUCAAAUCCACCCGUGAGAGCAGUGGACGAGGGAAUCGUGUGGAUUUCCUGCAGUUAAUGAUUGACUCACAGAAGAAUGACAAGUCCGUUGAAGCGGACAAGAAAAAAGGUCUGAACGACCACGAGAUUCUCUCUCAAGCAAUGAUUUUCAUCUUCGCUGGCUAUGAGACCACCAGCAGCUCUCUCGGCUUCCUGGCACACAACUUGGCCACAAACCAUCACGUCAUGAAGAAGCUGCAGGACGAGGUGGACGUCACCUUCCCCAACAAGGCUGUCAUCCAGUACCAGGAGCUGAUGGAGAUGGAGUACCUGGACAUGGUGAUCAACGAGUCCCUUCGCAUGUACCCCAUCGUCCAGCGCUUGGAGCGUGUGGCCAAGGCCAGCAUGGAGGUGAAUGGCGUGGUGAUCCCCAAAGGCAUGGCGGUCACGGUGCCCACCUGGCCCCUGCACCGCGACGCCGACCUGUGGCCCGAACCCGACAAGUUCAAACCGGAGAGGUUCAGUAAGCAAAACAAAGAGUCUUUUGACCCGUACGUGUAUUUGCCAUUUGGAGCAGGCCCUCGCAACUGCAUCGGGAUGCGCUUUGCUCUGGUCAGCAUGAAGUUGGCCAUAGUGGAGAUCCUGCAACGGUACAACUUUUGCGUGUGUGACGAGACCGAGGUGCCCAUCGAGAUGGACGUGCAGGGCUUGCUGAUGCCCAAGCGACCAAUCAAACUGAAGUUGGAGCUGCGGUCGUGAAGCUAAAGAAGCAGGAAAUGAAACGGCGAAAAUGCUCGCUGCGCUUGCACACUAUAUUUAAAAUAGAGAAUAUGAUCAGAAAAAUAUAAUAGAAAACUCCAAAUUGUGGACAACGAUGCAUAUAAAUGGGCCAAUGUGACAGAGUCAUCAGUUUAAUAAGGCACCCUUGUAAAAAGGAAAAAAACGGAAAAGGUAGUUGUCGCACAUUUUGAAGGUCGUCCCACCAAAACAAUUCUAAAAUCUACGCAUGAUAAACAUGCUGGAUGGCUGAAUUUUCAAUUUAGGGACCUUUGAAAAUGGCCAAAAUGCCCCUUAAAUGGCUGCUGCGAACCAAAAUCGCAGAAUUUCCAUGUGUUUCGUGACAUGGAUUUUUGAGACUUUUUAUGUCUAUCACAAUAGACAUUCCCACCGAAUUUCAUGUUGUUAUGGGAAACAGGCUUUGAAAAAAAAAAAAAACAAUACAAGAAUAAUAACAAAUCUUCAACAACAAUAAAUAGAUGGAAAAAAAUACUCUCUAGCGAUGUAUUUGCACAGAAUACUGGUAUAUGUGACCUUCCAGCACAAACAGAAGUUGCACAGUUGUGUUUUGAGCUUGACUCCGUUAAGCACUGACUAUGAGAAAAAGAUAGAUUUUCUGAUGGGAUUCAAGCAUCAGAAAAAUAAGUAAAGAUCACUUCCCAGUUGGAAUCAAAGAUAAUUUAUUGCCUUAAUGCCUCGUGAAAAAAAACAACAACGAAAAACUUUUAUUGAGAGGGUAUAGCGAAAUCGCCAAGAAAAAAAUCAGACAUUGACGAGAAGUCAAUGACACUAACUGGCUGCUGUCGCGCGCAACAUAAGGAAAAGCGUCUGGUAUCAACAGAAAGCUUGGGUUUCUCUGCACUCGCGGAUUUAAUUCAAAUGUACAUCGCUACACGUAUGAACCAACAAGAGGCUGUAAUACAGUCAACAUUCAUGUUGCUAGGCUAACGCUGAAACACCACUUCCGAAUUUUAAACGGACAUAUCUUCACCAAACGUUACCCAAUUAUCACAAUAUAUCUAUCAUUGGGAAGCACGUGUAAUGUCUUUCAGAAUUUUUUUAUAGCUCAAAACACGGCCGUGUGACUCCUGAUCGGUUUCGUGCUGGAGGGUCACAUAGCAAAAAAAUAAAGAAAUCAACAAAAUACCAAAACUUGUAGAAAAUACAUUCGGAAAACCACACAAAUAUUGGACCAAAUCCAAAAAUAUUUGAGUUAGGGUUAACAUUUUAGGAGCAAGGCAAUCUUGUAAAAUAUAUGUCAAAAAAAAUUACAAAAAGUUAUUUCAGUUGCGAGACAACCCUUAUUCGGUAGCAGUAAAGGUGUGGCGUUUUGCUGCAUGCUUUGAAUGGGAAAACUAGCACCAUCUGGUGGAAGAAUAGACAAAUUUGAAAACCAUAGUCUGAAUGCAAAAAUAAUUGUUAGUUGAGGUUAAAUUAAAUGAACGAUCAAAAAUGACAUUUUUAGUGGGGCUUUUUUUUUUGUCACUAGGAAUGUCUUUUUUUUUUGGUGCCAUUUUCAGCUAAAACACAGGUGGCAUUUGUCUUUAGUGGUUAAGUAACACUUUUACAUUCCCUUCAUAUAUAACAAAUAACAAAUUAACCAAGCUGCAUUAUAGAACUAAACAAAAGUAAAACUAUAGAAUGGACCAAAAGUAAAAUACAGUAAAAUGACUCACACUUUGACGACUAAAGGCACAGCGCGAGAACAGGACUGUUUGCAGAGCAAUAGUGUCACCCAGUGGCGUUCUGUAAGUACUACUGGGAUGAAAAAGUGUAUUUGCGUUUGCAUGUUGUUUGACUGUUGAGGUAUAUAUUUUAUUUUAACACCUUUUGAGGUGUUCCACUGUAUUUUUUUUAUUUAGGUAUGUCAGUCAUCUCUGAAAUUUAGUGACUGUUUUUAUUAUUUCUCUUUUAUUCCUGUU